AUGAAUUUGGCCCUCAUUGACCCGUUUGCACUUGCGCAGGACUACCCCGAUAUUCUGACAGGGACUCUCAGGAGCGGCCAUGCGGCAUGUCUGCGCUUCAACCGCAAAGGAGAUUUUUUGGCGUCAGGAAGGGUUGACGGUACGAUCGUGAUAUUCGACGUUGAAACGAACGGCGUGGCACGGAAAUUACGUGGACACAGCAAACAGAUCCAAUCACUAAGGAAAAAUACUCCAACGUAUAUUAUGGCCAAAAAUUCUUGGAUGAUAACUAACGGGCGAUUCAAUCCUAGCUGGUUAUUUGUUGCCUCAUUAUUUGAAGACCAACCCGUCCUUGUUGAUGUUUCCUCCCCUCGGCCCAUAAAGCGCAUUCUACCCUCAGCGCCUCUUCGACCGCAACCAGAGAAUUGUGAAGAAGUUGACCCUGCAGUUGCUGCUAAGCAAGCUGCACAAGACGCGAAACAUUCAACCUGCGUCACCAUUUUCACUGCGUUGGGUAAUCAUAUCCUAGCUGGGACAUCCAAGGGUUGGAUCAAUAUAAUCGAGACUCAGACCUGCAAAACAAUCCAUUCUACUCGUUUAUGCAACGGUGUUAUAAUACUUCUUCGGCUUGCGAGUAACGGGCGAGAUUUACUCGCGAACAGCUCAGACCGAGUUAUACGAACCAUUCUGAUGCCAGACCUCUCACAACUUGGGAUCAACCUCGAACCAUCCAACAUCAAGCUCGAUAUAGAACAUAAAUUUCAGGAUGUUGUGAAUAGGUUGAGCUGGAACCACGUUGCUUUCUCCGCAACGGGUGAAUUCGUGACCGCAUCUACGUUCAUGAACCAUGAUAUCUACGUCUGGGAACGCAGCCAUGGUUCGCUUGUUAAGAUUCUUGAGGGGCCAAAAGAAGAACUGGGUGUGGUUGAGUGGCACUCAAAUAAACCGAUGGUGGUCGCUUGCGGCCUAGAAUCUGGCUGUAUAUAUAUGUGGUCAAUUGUCACGCCGCAGAAAUGGUCCGCGUUGGCUCCUGAUUUCCAGGAAGUCGAGGAGAAUGUUGAAUACGUUGAGAGGGAGGACGAGUACGAUAUCCAUCCUGCUGAACAGGUUCAUCAGCGCCGACUUGACUUGGAAGAUGAGACCCCAGACGUUCUCACCAUCGAGCCUGUAAAAGGAGAAACUGGGGAAGAUGGCCACGAGGCAUUCCGUAUGCCCGUCCUCUUGGACAUAUCAGACAGCGAGAGUGAAGAGGACAUUGUUGCAGUUGGGCCAGGAACGAUGAGGAGACGCAGCCCUGGCUCGGGGCGUGAAUGGAUGAAUAACAACAGCAACAAUGCUGCAGCUUCUUCUGCCGCGGGUGGCGAUAUUUAUGACUCCGACGGCCGUAAACAAGGAGCAUGGAAUGGUGUUGGCAGAACGCAAAAUAAAGGACGCCGGAGAUAA